AUGGCGGCCAUAAUGCCCAGCACGGCAUACACGCCGCACCCCACGGAAGUGAUGAAGGCAGCGCAGUGGAUGGGCACACGAAAAAUCGAAGUGGGACUCGUACCCAAGCCCAAGGUCACCGACCCCAGCGAUGCCAUAGUCCAAAUCACCCACUGCACGAUCUCCGGUUCCGACAUCCACCUCUACGAAGGCGAGCUCAAAGACGCAAUGGAAAAAGGGGACAUUCUCGGCCAAGAAGCCCUCGGCAUUGUAGAAGAGGUCGGACCGGACGUUAAGACCCUCAAACCCGGUGACCGGGUCAUCAUCCUACCCGUCAUCUCAUGCGGCACCUGCAGUUAUUGCCAGCGACAGGAGUAUUCGCUCUGCGACAACACAAACCCAUCCCCGGAUACGGAAUCCACGUACGGCCACCGACUCGGCGGGAAGCUGGGCUACAGCCGGCUGUGUGGCGGGUAUCCAGGCGACCAGGCGGAAUACUGCCGCGUGCCGCAUGCCGACUUAUCGUGUGUCCGGGCGCCGGACGAUGUCGAUGCGCAGAAGCUACUGGGCUUGACGAACGUCGUGACUACCGCUUGGCAUGCGCUGGAAUUGGCUGAGGUGCAGGAUGGCGAUGUGGUGGGGGUAUGGGGCUGUGGGCCUAUUGGCCUCGCUACGCAGCGACUGGCGAAGCUCCGUGGGGCGAAAAAGGUCUAUGCCAUGGAUAAGGAUGCGGCGCGACUCCAGAUCGCAGAGGACUUUGGCAUGAUUCCGGUUAAUGUGGAUGGGCAUCCGGACGUGGCGGAGUAUAUUCUGUCGCUUCAGAACCACGGCCUUGAUCAGUCUAUUGAGGCUAGUGGGUAUCGUACUUCGCAGGAACCUGAGUAUUCGGCUAUGCGGGCGAUUGGGCUUGAGAGGGAUAAUAGUGAUACAUUAUCGGCAAUGAUCAAGGCGACCCGUAAGGGUGGUAACGUAGCAUUGGUUGGGGAUUUCUUUUUCACGGCGCAUGAUUUCCCGAUCGGGCCAUUGAUGCAGAAAGCUCUGACAGUCCGUGGAGGUCAAACGUGGCCGCAAAAGUAUUAUCCGUUCUUAAUGGAUCUGGUGGUGGAAGGUAAACUAGAUACGUCGUGGAUGUUCACGUAUGUGGACGAAUUCGAGAACAUCGCAGAGAUGUAUCAGAAAUUCUCGAAGCAUGAGGUCCCAGGCAGACUGAAAUCAGGGAGUCUAGCGCUGGGUGACGAAAUGAUGCCUGAGGAUUAA